GUUGCUAGGGCAGGGGCGGAGCUUGGCAAGUAACGAUGCCAGUGAGUAACAUGGCGCUGCCGCUGCUGACAGACCUCUACCAGUUCACUAUGGCUUACGGCUACUGGCGAGGCGGGAGACACCGGGAGCGGGCGGAGUUCGAGCUGUUUUUCCGGGAGGCUCCGUUCGGAGGCGAAUUCGCCCUGUUCCUCGGGCUCGGGGAGUGUGUGAGAUUCUUGCGCGACUUUCGCUUCUCUCCUGAGGAUAUAGCCUUCCUGAGGACCUGCAUGCCCGGCAGCCCCGAGGAGGGUUUCUUUCAGUACCUCAGUACAGUGAAUGCUGCAGAAGUCACAGUGUCGUCCUUCCCAGAGGGCUCGGUAGUGUUUGCCAGAGAACCAUUGAUGAAGGUGAGAGGUCCCCUGCUUGUGGUGCAGCUCUUGGAAACCACAUUGCUCUGCUUGGUGAACUAUGCCAGCCUUGUUGGUACUAAUGCAUCACGGUUCCGCCUGGCUGCUGGUCCUGACAAAAAGCUGGUGGAAAUGGGACUGAGGAGGGCACAAGGACCUGACGGAGGCCUUUCCGCUUCCAAAUACUGCUACAUGGGUGGGUUUGACUCUACCAGCAACGUCCUGGCUGGCAAGCUCUACAGCAUUCCAGUGGCUGGCACGGUAGCCCACUCCUAUGUGGCAUCCUUUUCCUCUCUGGAAGACGUGAGGCACAGGUUUCUGAGACCUCUGAAUGGAGAUGACAAUAGGGAGGACUUUGUGGAACUUUCAAAGAGAUGUGUGGUGGAGGUAUGCGAGCUUCUGCGGGUUCCCAAAGAACAGACCAACAAAGGGGAGCUGGCGGCAUUUAUUUCCUAUGCCAUGGCAUUCCCACAGAACUUCCUGGUGGUGUUGGACACCUACAGUGUUAUGAGGAGCGGAGUCCCCAACUUCUGUGCAGUAGCCCGAGCCUUACACCAUUAUGGCUACCAGGCAGUGGGGGUGCGGCUGGAUAGUGGCAAUCUGGCCCGGCAGUCGGUGGAGAUCCGGGAGAUAUUCCAGAAGUGCGCCGAGAGCUUUGCCAUUCCAAGAUUUAAAGAGUUAACCAUCGCUGUCAGCAACAAUAUCAGUGAGAACAGCCUGAGGCUUCUGUGCAGAGAGAAAAAUGAAAUUAAUGUGAUUGGUGUGGGCACCCACCUGGUAACAUGCCCCCAACAGCCGUCCCUGGGUUGUGUUUAUAAGCUGGUGCAAGUGAACGAGAGCCCGUGUAUGAAGCUGAGUGAGGAUACGGAGAAGACCACUAUCCCCGGGAGCAAAGCCAUUUACCGACUGUAUGAUCAUGACCAUCACCCAAUCUUGGAUCUUUUGGCGUGUGAGGAUGAAUCACCCCCUGAGACUGGAAUAGAACUGGAAUGUCAUAAAUUGGGGAGCAGUGGAGAAACUGAGCGAGUCACGCCAAUGAAAGCAGAGCUGAUGCACAGCAUUAGUUUUGAUGGAAAGGAAAAGGAUGACAAAAUUCUUUCAGACAUAAUGCAAAUCCGGGAUCAUGCCCAGAAAUCUGUAACUAACCUCAGCCCAGAACAUCGUAAUUUUGACAAGCCAAAGCCUUACAGGGUUGCAGUGACAGAGAAGCUACACGCCUUAUUAACACAGCUUAGAGGAACGAGCCCCUUGCAGUGAAUUCCUUCCCAGCUCAGCUCUUCCUCCGGAUCAUCUCCUUUUUACUUAUCUCAUGUAUCACAGAAUCAUGUAUAGCUUUGUGCACCCACUGUCCAGACUCACCAAUCAGAAACCUUGUGCCUUGUUUUCUACUGUGAAAUGGACUUUAAAGACAGACAGACACUGCCAGAAACUCACAGAGGUUGCUGCUAUUCUGCCUACCUCCUGCCUGUGGGAUUAUCAGUAAUCACUUGGACGGCUAUAGACUAGAGGUGAAAAUACUGUGAAAUCGAUUUUCAUUUACUAUUUUUGCUUUCUUAAUGUUUCCUGUCAUACACUGAUAAAAUUCUGCUGAAAAUGUAAUGUGAAAUGUGAAGCUCCCAACUUACCCCUCCACUCAGACUUGGUUCAGUCCCAUUAAUCAUGUGCACGCCAGCCAAUCAUCUUGAUGGAUAUCUAUAGCGGCCAAUCAUCCUGAUGGAUAUCUUUAGCGGCCAAUCAUCCUGAUGGAUUUCUAUAGCGGCCAAUCACCCUGAUGGAUAUCUAUAGCGGCCAAUCACCCUGAUGGAUAUCUAUAGCGGCCAAUCACCCUGAUGGAUAUCUAUAGCGGCCAAUCACCCUGAUGGAUAUCUAUAGCGGCCAAUCACCCUGAUGGAUAUCUAUAGCGGCCAAUCAUCCUGAUGGAUAUCUAUAGCGGCCAAUCAUCCUGAUGGAUAUCUAUAGCGGCCAAUCAUCCUGAUGGAUAUCUUUAGCGGCCAAUCAUCCUGAUGGAUUUCUAUAGCGGCCAAUCACCCUGAUGGAUAUCUAUAGCGGCCAAUCACCCUGAUGGAUAUCUAUAGCGGCCAAUCACCCUGAUGGAUAUCUAUAGCGGCCAAUCACCCUGAUGGAUAUCUAUAGCGGCCAAUCACCCUGAUGGAUAUCUAUAGCGGCCAAUCAUCCUGAUGGAUAUCUAUAGCGGCCAAUCAUCCUGAUGGAUAUCUAUAGCGGCCAAUCAUCCUGAUGGAUAUCUUUAGCGGCCAAUCUCCCUGAUGGAUUUCUAUAGCGGCCAAUCACCCUGAUGGAUAUCUAUAGCGGCCAAUCACCCUGAUGGAUAUCUAUAGCGGCCAAUCACCCUGAUGGAUAUCUAUAGCGGCCAAUCAUCCUGAUGGAUUUUUAUAGCGGCCAAUCACCCUGAUGGAUAUCUAUAGCGGCCAAUCAUCCUGAUGUAUAUCUACGUCCUAGGAUUAUCUGAACGUCCGCUGCAGAUGCACCAUGUCUGUCAGUGUGCAGCACCGCUUAUAAAUCUGAAUAAACAAGAGAAAAGCCCUGGUACAAUAUCAAUUGGUCGCUUCCUAUCAGUGGAUAGCUGCCUUUAGGUCAAUGGAUUUUGGCCAGUCGUGCAUUUUGGGAGAUCAGUGGCUUUGUUCAUUUCUCUGUCUAGUCAUUAUUCCACUGUUUGACCAGGAUUGGGCUACUACUAGCGAUCAAUAGUCUUAGUUCUAUUUCAGACAGAUUCCUAAUCCCCAUCUCUACCUCUAGUCCAGUUGCUUCACCCAUUCC